AUCUCUCUCCCCCAGAAGAGAGCACUCCUUCUCCUGAGCCGGACUCCUCUAGCCCCCACCCCUCCCCCCUCUCUUUUUUCGGCCAGUUUUGCGGCCCCACAGUGUAGCAGAGAGCCUGCCCGGGGAAGGAGCUUAAGGGAACUGUAAGAGGAGAACCAGGACCGGAUUUACUUCACCGAGGAGAGAGGUAUAGCAGAGUGGGACCAUGGCCACGCUCUCUGCCUUGUUGACGGGCUGGGUAAUCCUGCAGACCCUGUGCCUGGCUCUGGCCCAAGUGAGAGGUCCACCUGGACCUCAGGGCCAACCCGGCUCCCCAGGCCCCUCUGGCACCCCUGGAUCUGACGGCAUGGAUGGGGAGACAGGAGCUCCCGGGCUCCCUGGUGCAAUUGGACAGAAGGGAGAGCCUGGUGAGCCCGGCCCUGAUGGACUAUCAGGAGAGAAUGGCAUUGAUGGUUUGAUUGGUGCUAAGGGCGACCGUGGCCCAAUCGGAAGCCCCGGACCCAAGGGUCAACCCGGACCUAGCGGCGAGCCCGGUCCUCCUGGCCCCGGGCUGCCCGGACUGGCUGGUGCUGCCGGGUCCAUAGGCCUUCCUGGUGAGAUGGGCCUUAGUGGAUCCAAGGGAAUCCUGGGCUCCCCUGGAGCCCCCGGUCUCCCCGGACCCCCUGGGAAGCCAGGCCCCCCAGGGAAGUUCCUUGGUGCAGAGGAGGGCAGUGCAGGCUUCCAGUGUCCAACUAAUUGUCCAGCCGGCCCUAAGGGCCCACAGGGCCUCAUGGGAGUCAAGGGACACAAAGGGCGCUCAGGGAUCCUGGGAGACUCCGGCAGCAUCGGGAAACUGGGCACCAAAGGAGAGACGGGCAUCUCUGGAGAGCAGGGCAUUCCAGGACCAGCGGGUCCAAUGGGCCUGAGAGGCUACCCAGGAAUGAUGGGCCCCAAAGGGGAAGCGGGCCCUCGUGGCUACAAGGGCAUCACAGGGCCCGUAGGCAUCCCAGGACCCCCGGGCGAGGAGGGACCUCAGGGACCGCCUGGAGAGUCCGGAGAUAAGGGAGUCGUGGGCGGUCGAGGAAUUCAAGGCCCACAUGGAGCAGUCGGGAAAAAGGGAGAAAAUGGCCUGCCCGGGAUCGAUGGGAAGGACGGAACACCAGGAAUUCCUGGCAUUAAGGGAGGUCCGGGCCAGGCUGGCAGGCCAGGCCCGUCCGGAAACCAGGGAACAGCGGGAUUGCCCGGAAGCCCAGGCACAAAGGGGGGACCUGGAGACACGGGGGAGGCAGGACCCAGGGGACAUGUCGGCAUGGCAGGCGCCCCCGGACCUCUGGGCGAGCCCGGUCUCCCGGGCGUCAUUGGCAUGGAGGGAGUCCCGGGACCCAAGGGAGACAGAGGAGAGCGGGGACCGGUAGGCGCGCAGGGAAUCGUCGGCAAGGCAGGAAACAAGGGAGAGAGGGGGCCCAUCGGAGUCCCCGGGGCCCAAGGCCUCUCCGGGACCAAAGGAGACAAGGGUUUCCAAGGGAAAGUUGGAGCAAAGGGGGACUUUGGUGACCCCGGUGUGGAGGGCCUCGCCGGGGAGAAAGGAGAAAAGGGUUUGUCUGGGGAACCCGGACCUAAAGGCCAGCAAGGAGUGAGGGGUGAGAUGGGUUUCAACGGACCCACAGGGGACUCCGGUAAGCCAGGGGACCAGGGGCCACUCGGCCUCCCCGGCCCCAGGGGACUGGGUGGCGAGAGAGGAGUGCCAGGCAUGCCCGGCAUUGUGGGAGCCAGCGGACGGGAUGCGUCUGACCAGCACAUCAUCGAAGUGGUGCUGAAGAUGUUGCAGGAGAGGCUGGCUGCCGUGGCGGUGAGCGCCAAGAGGGCCGUGCUCGGUGGAGCGGGUGUGAUGGGACCCCCCGGCCCGCCCGGACCCCCGGGGCCGACCGGCUCUCAGGGGCCCCACGGCCACACAGGGGCCCGAGGCAUCCCCGGCAUCAUCGGCGGCCCGGGACAGAUCGGCAACACAGGACUCAAAGGAAAGAGAGGAGCGAAGGGAGAGAGAGGAGACCCAGGCAGACCUCACCCUGGUGCGCCAGGACCUCCAGGAAUACCCGGAGCGGCCGGCAUCGACGGCGUGGCCCGGGAUGGCAGGCCGGGCGAGAGGGGCCCCCAGGGCGCGGCGGGCGUAGCAGGGCUCCCCGGCAGGGCGGGCCCCACAGGUCUGCUCGGGUACUGCGAGGCCGCCAUGUGCCUGGCUGCCUCGGCCUACACCUCCCCCAGACUACAGGACGCCAGCAGGAUCAAGGGCCCCGGUAACUAAAACAUGAAGAGAAGAAGAAAAAGGAGCGCUCAGCAGAUUCCUUUUUUUAAAUACCUUGGAGAACGAGGCAAGAUGUGGGCGACGGAGAGAGAGGGAAGAUUAAGAGGCGGACGACUCCACUCCAGACGAAAAAUGCAAUACACAUAAGGGCUGGUGUGGCUUGGGGGUUUGGGUGGGGAUGAGUGUGGUUUUGUGUGUGUGUGUGUGUGUGUGUGGUAGGGGGGGAGGAUAGGGGGCGAUACUGAUGUGAAUGACAUUGCCCCCCUUGUGGCAUCCUAAAAAAGUUGUACUUGUUGGGCGUACUCCAAUCUGAAAUGAACCCCAGCUUUUCCCUAUGGCUUGACAGCCGAUCAUUGAUGAUGAUCCUCCCCCUGGAUUGGACGAUGCCAGCGUCAAUCACUUCCCAAAUGUCCUGUCCCCAAGCUCCACAGAUGUAACACGUUAGUCACCCAACACGACCAUGGUAUAUCCAGGCCGAGAUCCAACCUCAACUCUUGCCCUUUCCUAUAUACUUUGAUCACGUCACAAUGAUGUUGUUUUUGUUUAUAUAAAUGCAAUUGUAUAUUUUCAUUCCAUUUUUGACACCAGAAUUGUGACAUUGACCCCUGCUGCCUGAUAAAGUGUGCAAAACAAGGACAAAUAAAUGAUUGCAAUCUGAACUAUCAGACCUGAACGAUGUAAUUUCUAAAAAUGAAUGGAUCAAACACACAAUUCGUCUGUAGGCUUCAGCGAAAUCGGUUUUAUUUUUUACCUCAUGUGUACUCCCCCUCUCCCCUCCUUCCUUUUUUCCAUCUAAGUCUCAUUUUAGAAACUACAUGCUUCAUCUCUUCUUCCUGUUGCCUGGCAACAGCAUAUCCCGACGGGUGCUCCCCUCUCCCACAAUGCAGUGCUGUAAAUCUUUGUAAAUGUGUGUUGAUUAUUAUGUAGAGGAAGAAGAAUGGGUUAUGAUAUGCACCGGCAGAAAUCCUGUGUUAAUGAAUUCUGUGUCUAACAUUUUCCUCAGCCAUAGCUGCCAAAAUAAUAAUAAAUACAAAAAUAAUCAGCUCAUCGGUAAGAUUGUGCCGACUUUACCACUGUCGACGUUCUACAAGGUGUCAACGUGGUUCUUUGUUUCUUCAAUGACUUAUUUUCAUUUACAAAAAGCUAUUUAUUGUUCAUAAUAUUAAAUCGUCUGUAAAGUAUAUUUCUUUUUUUCCUCCCUUGUCCUGGAUGUUGAGGCCAAACCGUCAAUAAAGAGGAAGCCUUUUGUAAAAAGA